GAGAGAGAGGGAGGAGAGAGAAUCACAGCAGUGGUGGAUGGUGCUUGACUGCAGAUCAGUCAGUAUAGCUGUGAAGGAAGAGAGGUCCAGUUAAACUGAAAAGAAAAUAGGGACAAAGAAGAGACAGAAGGCGUGGAGAUCUCAGAAGAAAAGGCAGUGAAAGAUUUAACAUUGCAUGGAGAACUGAAUUACAAAGCUCAGCAUCCAGCAGUGAAUCAGGACCUUGCUUAUUAUUGAUUGAAGCAGCCCUGCAGCUACACGGCACAUCACAAACUGAAUCGUGAUUCUCACUGUCCUCCCAGUAUUAUCGCCUUGUCCGGUACCAGGCUUCUCGUUUGAAUUCCAGUCCAGAUAUACAAGAUGAACUAUCUACGGCGACGGCUCUCGGACAGCAAUUUCAUUGCAAACCUGCCCAAUGGCUACAUGACUGAUCUCCAGCAGCCGGAGCCCCAGCAACCUCCACCCCCGGCCCCUGCCCCCUCCUCCACAUCUCCUGCCCCGGAGAGGAGGCAGAUCAGCCAGUCCCCCGGAACAGGCUUCUUCAGCUCUCUCUCCAAUGCUGUCAAGCAGACGGCCGCCUCAGCCGGAUUGGUGGAACAGACCCCCACCUCCUUGUCCAAGAAGUUCAAGUUGCUGCUUGUCAUUGAUGAGCCUCACAAUGAAUGGGCUAAAAUGUUCCGUGGGAAGAAGGUCCAUGGGGAUUAUGACAUCAAAGUGGAACAAGCUGAGUUCUCUGAGAUCAACCUGGUGUCUAAUUCUGAUGGGACCUGUAAUGUGGACAUGCAAGUGUUUCGAAAUGGCACCAAGGUUGUCAGGUCAUUCAAGCCUGACUUUGUCCUCAUUCGACAACAUGCCUUCAGUAUGGCAGAGAAUGAAGAUUUCCGUAACAUGAUUAUAGGACUGCAGUACGCCGGGGUUCCCAGUAUCAACUCACUGGAGUCUAUCUACAACCUCUGUGACAAACCUUGGGUGUUUGGCCAGUUGAUAAGCACCUACAGGAGCUUUGGUGCUGAGAAGUUCCCUCUGAUAGAGCAGACCUUCUACCCGAACCAUAAGGAAAUGAUAACAAUGCCUACGUUUCCUGUCGUCGUGAAGAUAGGACAUGCUCAUUCGGGCAUGGGGAAGGUGAAGAUAGACAAUCACCAUGACUUCCAGGACAUUGUCAGUGUGGUGGCCCUCACUCAGACCUACACUACCAUCGAGCCUUACAUCGAUUCCAAGUAUGAUUUAAGGAUCCAAAAGAUCGGUGACAAUUACAAAGCUUACAUGAGGACUUCCAUCUCUGGAAACUGGAAGACAAACACAGGAUCAGCCAUGCUGGAACAAGUUGCCAUGACAGACAGGUACAAGCUUUGGGUGGAUACCUGUUCAGAGAUUUUUGGUGGAUUGGAUAUUUGUGCUGUGAAAGCCCUCCAUGGGAAGGAUGGAAAAGAUUAUAUAACUGAGGUAAUGGGUUCUUCUAUGCAACUGAUUGGGGAGCAUCAAGCAGAGGACAAGCAGCUCAUUACUGACAUGGUCAUCACCAAAAUGAACCAGGCUGUGCCAAGGAUGCCAAUCCCUUCACCACAGAGACCCACUGCCACCCAGCAACCCCAGAGUGGAGCAUUAAAGGAAGGCCAGACUGACCCCAGCAGGCUCCCACCCCAGAGACCCCCACCUCAAGGGGGCCCAGUGCAACCCCAAGGAUUGCAAUCUCAAAGUCAAGCACCACCGUCAGAGCAAGCUCAGAGCCUGUCUACACAGGGAGCCAGCCCCCAGCAACCCCCUGCCCCUACCACACAGCAGCCCCAGCCCCAGGGACAAGGGGCUCCCCCUGCAAGAAUGACAGAAAAUCAGCUGAGACAGUCACCGACUCAGCCUGCCCGUCAGCAGAAACCUCAGCCACAUCCACAGCUGAACAAAUCCCAGUCUUUGACCAACGCUUUCAACUUCACGGAUUCCUCCUUCUUUCGCUCCAGCAACGAAGACGAAACCAAAGCAGAGAGUAUCAGGAAGCUACGGAAAUCCUUCGCCAGCUUGUUUUCAGACUAGCCAAACGCCUGAAAAAGAUGAAGCUGAAUGUUCGACAGUGAAGCUGUAGUGUGUAUCUAUCAGUGGUCUAUACUGUGAUCCCUAAAGUGAAUUACCUGUUCCUUGUGUUAUGAACUUUACUGUGGAUUAAGCAAUAUAUACUGUAAAGAUGCAAUUGGUUAUCAUGAAGCGCAGAAAUGCAUAUCUAGCAAAGGACUAGUGAUACAAACUAGGUUUGUAAGCUGUUAUUGAUUUUUGGUACUGGAGUGGUUCAGCAAUGGGGGGGGGGGGGGGGGGGGGGGUGGUCCUUUAGAUUCUCCCAUUGUGAUAUUGUGGCCUUAUUGUAACUGUAUUUUCUCACCAUAAACACAUUGCCGUCACUAUUCUUGCAGAUAUUCAACAGAGGAAAUGCACAUUUCAGGUCAUUGUUGUCUGUUUUGUGGCAAUACUUCCUCUUCCGUUCUUGAGGCAUCAUGAAUAAAUGAAUAUAAAACCUCAUGGCUCUGCUCAAUGCAGAAAUAUAAAUGCUGUGUAACAUAUAGAGAAGCAUCUCAUCUGUGUUUCUACUGUUCAGUUCCCGCUGUGGUUAAACUUGUAUUUAAAAGUACCUUGCAUGGUCAAUGAUCUGACUACCUUCCUGUUCACUG